AUGAUCUUUAUUUUUUCAAAUACUUUAAUUAUUCUUGUUGUUCUAAUAAAAUGUUCACUAACAAAACCAAAGGCAUCCAUAGAUCCUCCAUAUGUUACUGAAUAUUUUAAUCUUAUAUCGACUAUUGAAAAACCAUUACAUUUAAAAAAACACUAUGGUAUGCAUGAAUCAUCUAUUGAUUUUUAUCCUGGCACAAUGAAUAUUAUUUUAAGUGUACCACAUGAUGGUAAUCUUCAAUCAAAUUUACCUACAAGACCAAAAUAUGCUUGUAGAAAAUCCAAUAGUACAAGUAAAAAAUGUUAUUAUCAAAAGCCGUGUGUAUCUCCACUAUUUAAAAUUGAUUCAAAACUAUGUAGUAUACGUCAUGGUCGUGAUAAGAAUACACGUCUUCUCGCAUUAGCACUUCGUUAUGAGUUAAAUCAAUUAUUUCAGUUAAAACCAUUUGUUAUUAUUAACAGAUUAGAACGAUCAAAAGUUGAUAUGAAUCGUUUUAUUGAUGAAGGAACAUUUGGUGCAUCGAAUAGUAUGCAUGCGUGGAUGAGAUAUCAUUUCUAUUUGAGACAUGCUAGAGAACUUAUUAUGAAUAAUGAGAAUAAUUAUGGAGGAAAAGGAUUAUUAUUUGAUAUACAUUCACAAGAUCAUGAAGAAGGUUGGGUUGAAUUAGGUUAUAUGCUUACUAGUCGUCAAUUGUCGACAAAAGAUUAUACACUAAAAAGUUCUUCAUUAGCAUCAUAUUUAGGAACAUUAUUCGAUCCAAUAGAACUCAUAAGUGGAAAGAAAUCUCUUGGAUAUUUUAUAACAAAAUAUAAAUAUUCAGCUGUACCAAGUUCAAUAUUUCCAUCACCACUUAAUCAUUCCUAUUUUGAAUGGGGUUAUACAAUUGAAGAAUAUGGUCGAUAUAAUAAUUUUAGUGCAAUUAUGAUUGAAUCACCAUCACAUGAACUUCUUAAUCGAACAAAAUUAUAUAUGUAUGCGAAAUCAUUAACAUUAGCUUUACAUGAUUAUCUUAUUGAUAUUGAACUUUUAGAACCACUCAUUAAACCUGAAAUUAUUAAUCAAACUCGAAUCGAUAAACCAUGUAAUUACAGUAAAAAAUUGAAUGCUCAGAUUAGUUUUUUUAUGCUCCUGUUCAUUAAUGUUAUUAAUUACUUUUGA